AUGGGCAUCUGCGAAGAAGUGAAUCUUGAUGGCCCUCUGCCUUUUGCCGACCGUCCGAUCUCCAGCGCUGUUUGGCCCCAGCUCAGCACGCGCCGGACCCGCGUCGCGAAAGUCAUGUUGCUGCAGAGGAUGUCCCGUAUUGGUGCGCGUGCACCGUUGGUGCAGCUCCUUCCGAUCCGAAGUCCUCUAGUGCUCCUUCCACGUGCCCUGCCACAGGUUGGAAGAGUACCUUCCUUUUGGGAGCGAUUCGAGAAAGUCGGCUCGAAGCUUCUCGGCCAUCCCUGGGCCCGAGGAUCAGUGGAACCUGAAGAAGGUGGCCAAGGGGCCGAUUCCGCCAAUGCUGCUUCUCUUCGGCAUUGCGAUGUGGAUGAACCGCAGCAAGAACUGGGAUGGGUCGCCAAGGAUGAGCAAUGUGAGCAUCAAGAUUUUCGGCGCCAACAUGCCAAUCUGAGAGCCCGGCGCCCGACAAUGGCAUAAUAAAAGAAACAGACAGACAGACAGACAGACAGACAUACA